GUUUUGUGUUAUUAUCUCACCAACACUACACACCAGUGUCUAAUGUAGGCACUUUGUUAACGUUUGCAGAGACGAAAGAGGCAUCGGUUGAAUUAUAUGAUAUGUAAAGCACACUAAAGAGACCGAAUCCUAAUCCGAAUUAAUGGUGACACCAUGAAGAUGGAAGCUGCCAAGAAGAAGUCUGUCCAAACGAACCCAAAGACAGAGGAGACGCCACACGAAGUGGUCGUAGUUCAGACUGAGUAUAAAUCAGAAGAAGAUGCUCAUGAGAUUUACACUAACGGAGAAUGUCUUAACAUACAAAUUAAGGAGGAACCAAAUUCACAGGAGAUCAGCGAGGAGCUUCAUUUAAACGCACUAAGCUCUACAAACACUAACAAUAAUACUGUGGCAUCCCGGACGGAUGCUCCAGACCGACAGGGCUUCAUAAAGGACGAGCUUGAGCAGCCAGAAUAUAAAUUCAACGAAGCAGCGGUCAAGGACGAGUCGGAGAUGUGGUUAAAAGAGGAGGAAGAUGGUGGAGAGGAUGAAGACAACAUCCAGGAGGGUUAUGAAGAGAAUGAGCAGGUCUGCACAGAGUCAUCAUCCGAGUUUUUUCCUUGUCCUCACUGCUCCGUCUCCUUUACUGACCUUGAGUUCCUAGAGAAACAUGUCAAAUGGGUCCAUCAGAAACAAUACCUCGCCAGUCUGAAAAAAUGCCUCUCAAGCAGCUCCAUGAACCUAAUCCCCAAACACACCUGCAACAUUUGCAGCAGCACCUUCACUUCUAAAGUAAGCCUGAGGCUCCAUGUCCGUGAAGCCCACCCUUCAGCCCCUCCCCGCAGGCUUUACCCCUGUCCAACCUGUGCACGUAGUUUCCAGUACCUAAAGAACCUCAAGAAUCACUGUCAGCGAUGGCACAACAUGUCUGUGGUAACCCGUGGAGGGUAUCUCAGCUGUGCUGAUUGUGGAAAGAGUUUUAAGGCUACCUGGGGUCAAGGGCCUCAUUUGUGUAAUGAACCUGAUACCACAGAACCUGAGGAUAAGCCCAUCUGUCUGGAUAUUGGUAUACCGUGCCCAGAAUGUGGAAAGAUUCUGCGCACACCUCAAAGCCUGGAGGAUCACAUGCGAACCCACACAGGAGACCGUCCAUUUGUCUGCAAGGAUUGUGGUCGGAGGUUUGUAGAGCGCAGCGGUUGGCGGCAGCACAUGAAAAUUCACACAGGGGAGAAGCCCUACAAAUGUCAGGUCUGUGGGAAAGCCUUUCUCCGAUCACACCAUCUCAACUGCCACUUGACAACACACUCUGCCAAGAAGGAAUAUUCCUGCUCCAUUUGUGGGAAGGAGUUUGGACUUAAGGCAAGUCUGAAGCUUCACCUGAGGACACAUUCCAGUGAAAAACCUUUUCACUGCAAUGUGUGCGGGAAGAACUUCAACACCAGGAAAAACUUGAGGGUUCAUAGCAAACUCCACAACAGCGAGAAAGCUCACCAGUGUGGGGACUGUGGACUAAAGAUCGGAGAUCUGGGGGCUUUGAAAAUACACCUGCGGACGCACACAGGAGAAAGACCCUACCACUGCACAGUGUGUGGCAACAGGUUCAUUCGCCUUUCACAUUUACGAAACCACCAACGCACCCACACAGGUGAGAGACCCUACAAAUGUGAUGAAUGUGACAAGAGUUUCACUCAGUCUGGUGACCUGGUGAAGCAUAAGAGGAUACACUCCGGAGAAAAGCCCUUUGAAUGUCCAGACUGCCAUCGCUGCUACACCUCCUCUGGUGACCUGGGCAAGCACCGGAGGAGUCACACUAACCUGCGUCCCUACACAUGCUCAGAAUGUGAAAAAAGCUUUCGCUUAUCGGGCCAUUUGAAAACUCACAUGUUAACACACACAGGGGAGAAGCCAUUUUCCUGUCCUAAUUGCCUCCGCAGGUUUGCUCGCUCUCACCAUCUCUCUGGGCAUGUGGCUAAAUGUCGUUAAGCUUUCCAAAGAGGACUGUAAAUAAGCUUGCCUGGUAGUGCUCAUUAAAAACUGUCUACAGUCUACUACUAGAUUUCUUCAAUGAAUGUGUUUAAUCUAAAACUAAUAUCUGUGUUAAACUAUUUAAAAACUUUCUUGUCCCAUAUGCCAUUUUAACUUAUUCUAAAAAGUAACUGAACACAUGGUCACGUUUGUUAUUGCACAGAGCUUGUUUAUAACCUUAUUUGACAAAUCUUUCCAAUAGAUCUACUAGUUCUGCAAGACACUAUUGUAUCUGAAGUUUGAUGGUGUGGCUUUAGUCGGGGUUCACUGGAACAUGCAGAAUAUGAACUGAUUUGUAUCUCCAGAGAUUACAGCUGUAUUAUUUGUAAAAAUAAAAUAAACUACAUCAUGAAUGCGCAAA